AUGGCCGUCGCCCCUACCACUCUCUCAUUCCCAACAAAUCCUGAAUACCCGAAUAAAGAGGAGCUGGAAUCGGUGCUUCGGACUAUCGACGCGUUCCCUCCUAUCGUGUUUGCCGGGGAGGCCAGGAGCCUGGAGGAACGUCUGGUCGAGGCUUCCAUGGGAAAUGCUUUUCUCCUGAUGGGCGGAGAUUGUGCCGAGAGCUUCAAGGAAUUCAAUGCCAAUAAUAUUCGUGACACAUUCAGAAUUCUUCUCCAGAUGAGCGUUGUUAUGAUGUUCGGAGGCCAAAUGCCCGUCAUUAAGGUGGGAAGGAUGGCGGGACAAUUUGCAAAACCCAGAUCGGACCCGUUCGAGGAGAAAAACGGCGUGAAGCUGCCAAGUUACCGAGGAGAUAAUGUGAACGGAGAUUCUUUUGAUGAGAAGUCAAGAAUUCCGGAUCCACAAAGGAUGAUUAGAGCGUACUGUCAAUCGGCAGCCACCCUCAACCUUCUUAGAGCUUUUGCCACCGGAGGGUAUGCUGCUAUGCAAAGGGUCACUCAAUGGAAUUUGGACUUCGCAGAGCACAGCGAGCAGGGAGACAGGUACCGAGAGCUCGCUCACCGAGUUGAUGAGGCUCUUGGAUUCAUGGCUGCAGCUGGGCUGACUGUGGACCAUCCUAUAAUGAAAACAACAGAAUUCUGGACUUCUCAUGAAUGCUUGUUAUUGCCAUAUGAGCAAUCACUCACUAGGUUGGAUUCCACUUCCGGACUCUACUAUGACUGCUCCGCCCAUAUGCUUUGGGUUGGGGAACGGACAAGGCAGUUGGAUGGUGCCCAUGUUGAGUUUCUAAGAGGAGUUGCCAAUCCUCUAGGGAUUAAGGUAAGUGAUAAGAUGGAUCCAAAUGAGCUUAUUAAGCUCAUUGAGAUUUUGAAUCCUCAAAAUAAACCAGGAAGAAUAACUGUGAUCACAAGGAUGGGAGCUGAAAAUAUGAGAGUGAAGCUUCCACAUCUAAUCAGGGCAGUUCGCAGAGCUGGGCAAAUUGUCACAUGGAUCACCGAUCCAAUGCAUGGAAACACCAUCAAGGCUCCUUGUGGUCUUAAAACCCGCCCCUUUGAUGCCAUCAGGGCGGAGGUGAGAGCAUUCUUUGAUGUGCACGAACAAGAAGGAAGCCACGCAGGAGGAGUUCAUCUAGAGAUGACGGGUCAGAAUGUGACGGAGUGCAUCGGUGGGUCAAGGACGGUCACCUUUGACGACCUCAACUCCCGUUAUCACACACACUGUGACCCUAGGCUCAACGCUUCUCAGGCUCUUGAGCUUGCCUUCAUCAUCGCCGAACGGCUUAGGAAGAGCAGGAUGAGAUCGCAAAAGCCUCUCGGCUCCCAGUAGGGCUUGUUUGCCUUUGGGAACCACACAAUACCUUUGUUCUUUUUCCUUCCGUCAUAUUUAAUU